GGCCAUGGAGAAUCCCGAGGAAUCUCGCCCUGUGGAGAAACCGUGGAAGUGUGGCGACUGUGGAAAAGGCUUCCGUGUCCCGUCUGCCCUGGAGAUUCAUCAGCGCAGUCACACCAGGGAGAGGCCAUUCUCCUGCACGGAGUGCAGGAAGGGUUUUACCCAGGCCUCCACCCUGCUGAGGCACCAGCAGGUCCACACGGGGGAGAGGCCAUUCUCCUGCCCCGAGUGCAGGAAGGGCUUUACCCAGGCUUCCUCCAUGCUGAGGCACCAGCGGCGCCACACGGGGGAGAGGCCAUUCAGGUGCCCUGAGUGUGGGAAGGGCUUUACCCGGGCCUCCAUCCUGCUGACUCACCAGCGGGUCCACACUGGAGAGAGGCCAUUCCCCUGCCCCGAAUGCGGGAAGGCCUUCAGCAAUUCCUCCCACCUUCUGACCCACCGGCGUGUCCACACGCAGGAGAGGCCCUUCAGCUGUCCCGAGUGUGGGAAGAGAUUCAGUCAAGUGGGCACCUUGCGGAAGCACCAGCUGCUCCACACCAGGGAGAGGCCCUUCAGCUGCCCCGAGUGCUGGAAAGCUUUCAGCGAUUCCUCUGCCCUGCUGAGGCAUCAGCUAGUCCAUACCGGGGAGUGGCCUUUCAGGUGCCCCGAGUGCGGGAAGGGCUUUAGCAAUUCCUCUAAUCUCCAGACCCACCGGCGGGUCCACACGGGGGAGAGACCCUUCAGUUGUCCCGAGUGCGGGAAGGCCUUCAGCGAUUCCUCUAAUCUUCAGACCCACCGGCGGGUUCACACGGGGGAUAGGCCCUUCAGUUGCCUCAAGUGCAGGAAGGCCUUCACCUGCUCCUCCCUCCUGCGGAGGCACCAGCGAGUUCAUUUGUCAUCGCAGGGGUUUGAAGGAACGAUGGCCUAGUGCCAUUAUCAACUGGACUCACAACCGAGUUCCGGCAAAUCCUGCCACGGAAGAUGGCGGAAUUGGAAUUCGGUCAGAAACCUGGAGUUCAGUAUUUAACGAUGAAACCAUUUUUGGGGGUGAAGAAAACCAAAACUCAGGAAUUCCUGAAGAAGGACUCAUGUCCGAAACUUCGACUCUCCUGCUCCUUGGAUGCUGCCUGACCUGCUGCGCUUUUCCAGCAACAUGUUUUCAGCUCUGGUCUCCAGCAUCUGCAGUCCUCACUUUCUCCAGUUACAAAGGGAUAACUAGGUGCUGACCAAUAGUAAAGAAAGUGGGAGGAAGUGUGUGGGUUUUGACCUUGAGCUGUUUAAAAACAUAUCAGUUACUUUUUUCUAUGCCAUUUUGCUGAGGGGAUCUGAAGCUGUAACAAAGUUGGGUCACAAUAAAGGUUACCUGAACUUACCAUCGGGCUCAGACUCACAUUGAAAGCUGUGAGCUCCAAGUGAUUUUUGUUUUAAAGCUGCUCAUUUCUUUCAGCUUCACUAAGUUUCCAAUGUUGUGUAUCAGAUGGAGCAGUGAAUGAGGAGCUUGUAUCAUUAGAAAUUGUAAAUUUUUCAGGAGUGCAGGUACUGUAUCAUUUCAUCAGCAUUGUAACGUUUACUGGCAGCACUGGGAGG